CUACUGCAAUUGCGCACUGUUAUUAACAGUUUAUCUUGAGUAUUUUAGUCGGAACAAGAUGAACGAGCAACUAAGUUCUUUCAAUUAGCUUAGCUGAGUUACAGCUCUAUUAGCAAGUCGAUUGAUCAAAACAAGUCCAAACGGAUUGAUCCAAUUUCUAGUCCCAAAUAAAAAUGACAUCUAUUGCUGGCGGACAUGGCGAAACCAAUCCAAAUAGCUCCUGGCUAAGUGCCAGAGGCUUUUGGCUUGCCUACUUCCUGGGAUUACUGUUUGUGCAUUUGCUGCUCUUAUCAGUGCCCUUUGUUACUAUUUCAAUGGCAUGGACAACUACCAAUUUGCUGCAUAACUUUGCACACUUGUAUUUUCUGCAUAUAAUAAAAGGUGCGCCUUGGAUGAGCAUCGAGAAUGACGCCAAUCGACGCUGGACACAUUGGGAGCAAAUCGAUGACGGCGUCCAAUUGACGACAACGCGCAAAUUUCUGACUGCUGUGCCAAUUGUACUAUUCCUCCUAACUUGUUUGUACACUCGCAACAAUACGGAACAUUUCAUAGCCAACUUUAUUUCGUUGGUUGUCGUUACGCUGCCCAAGUUGCCGCAGUUCCAUGGCGUUCGAUUGUUUAAUAUUAACAAGUAUUGAAAGGUGCUUCUAUAAUUGGUUUAUGCCUGUAAAUAUCUUUCACCGAACAGGGAGGCUUAUCAAAGCCUAUAUUGUAUAUAUUUAAAGAUAGUAGACUGACCGAUUUGCUGGUUUUGUUUUAAUAAGCUGUUGAAAAAUCGUAACUAUACUUCUGUAAAUGGCGCUGUUGUACUUGUAUUUAAUACAUAAAUAAUAUAAAUAAAUAGCAGAGCUGAGAUAUACAUAAA